GAAGGCAACACCGGCGUAUAUUUUGCUGGGAUGUUCCGCGUGGCUAACGCGGAGUUCAUCCCGGAGUACCGCCAGGUUGAAUCUUACGAGUUUGUCUCCAUGGCGAUGAAAAUAAAGCACGUGGUGAGCGGCGUGUAUAAGAUGUCCUCAGUGGCUGGCCUAUACAAGCACACCAUCAUUUCAGACCUCAGUACUAACAAGAAGGGAGGGGUGCUGGUCCACUUCUGGAUGGUGUUUGAGGUCCCACACGUGAAGAGAGGGGCGGUCUGCGAGGAAUGUGUGGCCACCAUCAUCAGGGACUCCGUCCACACCAGCCUAAAGAACCGCUCAUCGGUGGGCUACCUUUUGGGCCUGCCAGUGGACAUGGACUCCAUCCUCGUGAAUGCCGUCCAGCGCUCUGAUUACACAUUCAGUGCAGCAGGUUCUCAGUGCGUAGACAAACUUUAUGCCAGCCUUCCCGGGGCGAGGGUCCCUUUAAACGUCUUCUCGUCCUGGGUGGGUGUGCGCUGCCACGUAAAGCUCACCGCCGCGCCGGGUUUUCUCGUCCGGCUGACUGUCGCCUCCUUCCAAAUCGAGGCCAGUGACUGCGUCGACGACGGCCUGACAGUGUACGACGCGCUCCUGCCCUUGAGGGGGCGGGUUCUUCACAGGUUGUGUGCGCCGGUUUCCACUUCCAUCUCCCUCGUGUCCACCUCCAACGUCAUGCUGCUGUCCUUCUACAUGGCCAGCGGACACAAGAGCUUCAGAGGACACUUCGAAGCCAUCACAGAGGAGCUGUGCGUAUCUCGCAUCACGUCGCAGCCGCACGUGACCGGGCAUAUCUACAGCCCCUUCCACCCAAGCCUCAUGCCCCCCCACUGCUCUUGCACGUGGAACUUUCAGACGCCCGACGCCGCUUUGGGGGUCGCGCUGCAGCUCCACAACUAUGUACUGAAACCAAAAGCUAUGAAGGGCUGCGAGCACGGAUGGUGGAGAGUCAACGAAGUUAUUUUCUGCGGGAGCUACGUGGGACACGAGAGCGUGUUCCGCAUCGCGGAGCGCAGGGCCGAGGUGGAGUUCCGCUGCACCUCACGAAGGGCCGCGCAACCUUUCCGGGCGUCGUACAGCGGCUACAACAUCAGCCGACCCUGUCCGGAAAGUCACUUCCUGUGCCUGUCGGGACUAUGCGUGGAGAAAAGUCGACGCUGCGACGGGGUGGACGACUGCCAGGAUGAGAGCGACGAGCUCUUCUGCUCGAGACCCAACAAGAAGUGUGACGACAGCAGCCCUCUGCAUCCUCUGUUCGUCUGCGACGGCGAGGCAGACUGCGCCAACGGAUUGGACGAAACCAACUGCACCCAAGAAAUGAGCUGCUCCUCCGUCAGCUACCAGUGCCGCAGCGGCUCGUGCAUCCGGAAAAAGAACGCCAGGUGCGACGGCGUCGCCGACUGCUGGGACGCCAGCGACGAACGCGACUGUGCUUGCGGGCUCCCAGUUUCCCCCGGCUCCCCUCGCAUCGUGGGUGGGACCGACUCCGAGGAGGGCGAGUGGCCUUGGCAGGCCAGCCUGCACUACUCGGGUCAUAUGAUCUGUGGCGCCUCCGUGCUGUCGUCCGAUUGGCUCGUCUCGGCGGCGCACUGCUUCGGCAAAGACGGGUUGUCCGACCCGCGGCGCUGGCGGGCCCACCUUGGCAUGUUGACGCAGGGCGGCCCUGGCGGGCACGUGGCGGAGAUCCGGCGCAUUGUGGUCCACGAGUACUAUGAUCACCAAACGCUAGACUACGACGUGGCGUUGCUGCAGCUCAAGAGGGCGUGGCCGACCUCGCUGGGCACUCCGGUGGCGCCCGUGUGCCUGCCCCCGGCCUCGCACGCCGUCACUGCCGCACACCGCUGCUGGGUGACGGGGUGGGGACAUCGCUCCGAGGAAGACAAGUUGCUGCCGUCCGUGCUGCAGAAGGCGCAGGUGUCCGUCAUGAGCCAGAAUGACUGCAAGAAGGCGUACGGGCUCGUGUCGCCCCGCAUGCUCUGUGCGGGGGUCCCGUCGGGGGAGCGGGACGCCUGCAGGGGGGAUUCGGGCGGGCCUUUAUCCUGCCGGGGGCCGGGCAGCGGCCGCUGGUUCCUGAUCGGCAUCGUCAGCUGGGGGGUGGGCUGCGGCAGACCGCACCAGCCGGGGGUCUACGCCCGGGUCAGCAAGUUCACCUCGUGGAUCUACGACUAUGUCACCCCACCCCCGGAAAAAGGGAGCAAAGGGGACUGGGGGGAGGUGUCUCGCUCGCUCUUCCUUUCAAUCGCUUCUCCGGAACCGAGUGACUCCGCCAUGAGGAGGGAAACGUGCCAGGUGUACUGCGUCUUCGGGCAUGGACGGUCCAGCUCCUCCGGGGUCCAGAAGGAUGAUGGGGCCUUGAAGGAGCCCACCCAGCUUCCAAGCUCCACCGAAGAGGAGCAAGUCCAACCUGCCGAACGUGGUUCCCGGGGCAGAUGGGCGCUUGCGAUCCUGCCUGUUUUUUCCUGCGCCGCCGCCGUCGCUUUAGCCGCCCACUACUUGACACCAGCCUCACCCUCCUCGGUGUUCUUCCUGGCAUGCAGCGUGGAGUUCCCACACUUGAACUUCUCGGCGGAGCUCGUCGACGGCUCCUCGGCGCAGUUCCGCCUGCAGGCCGGCACUUUAAAGCCUUACUUCUCAGAACUGUACAAGUCCUCCCCGUGGUGCCCUUACUACCUCCGCUCAGGGAUUGUCGCCUUCAGCGAAGGCAUAGAAGGCCUCAACGUCUUCUACUGGAGUCAGUUCUCCGCCCCGGACCACGUCGCCAUGGCGAUACGGGGCUCCAUCCCGGAGAGGGUGCAGCGCAGGCUUCCGGCCCCCGACAAAGUUCUGCGGGGCGCCCGACGCGAGCAGCGCUACUAUUUGGAGCACGAUGACAUCACGCUACAUCUGAUGGGUUUGGACCCGGAUGAAUGGGAAGAAAAAUCUGACAAGCUCAAGAAUCCAAACAGCCUCCAGAGUGGAAAGUGGCAGCUGGGCUUCCAAGUGGUGUCCAUCGACCUGUACGCGAAGCACGGUGUCAACCGCACCCUCGUUCUGAUGAGUCCCAAGAAGCUGUACUACCAGUGGCGCCUUCGCGUGCCGUCGGGCCACGCCGUCCGCCUGGCGGUCCUGGCGCUGCACGCCGGCGCCGCGCCGGGAAGCUGCAGCGCGCGCAAGCUGUCGGCCUACGACUUCCUGCUUCCUUUGCAGAACAAGAUCAUCGCCAGGUGGUGCGGGCUGCCCGUGCCGCCGGGCUCCUCGCCCGCCGUGGGGCUGACGUCCUCGGGGAACGUCAUGCUUCUCACCUUGGCCUUCAGUCGGCAGAGGGAGGGAGCCGUCUUCAAAGCCUCCUUUCAGGCUGUGCCCAGAGCACGUUGUGGGGGGUCACUGUCCUCUUGGAACGGCUCAGUUUCCUCGCCUUACCACCCCUCCCACUAUCCUCCUAAUACAGACUGCAGGUGGACAUUACGAGCACCGUUGCCGGGGUACCUGAUCUCCGUGACGAUGGUGACGCUCGACAUCCAGCCGUCGUCGGACGGCUGCGAGAAAGACUGGCUCGACGUCGGCGGCGUCAAGAUGUGCAACCAGGUGUCAAGCAGCGGAGCAACGCGCGUCCACUCCUCUCCGCUCUCCAUCCACUUCCACUCGGAUGAAGCCUUGACCCACCGGGGCUUCUACCUGCGCUACCGGGCCUUCUCUCCCCAGGCUUCCUGCUCACCGCAUCAGUUUGGCUGCGGCGACGGCGGCUGCAUCCCUAUAAGGAAAGUGUGCGACGGCGUCAGGGACUGCGAGGAUGGACGCGACGAGGCCAAAUGUUCGUCAUGCGGGCCCGGCGAGGUGUCCUGCGCAAGCGGCCGGUGCGAAACGCAGAGCGGCCGGUGCGGCGUCUGUGCAGACAGCGGCGAAGACAGCAGAUGCAUAAGUUAAUGUUACCGGACGUGUGCCCAAAAAGUCUGCGUGCCCAAAUCUUCGGUGUGCGACGGCGUGGUGGACUGUGAAGACCGCAGCGAUGAAAUGAACUGCACCCGAGCAUGUGAGCAUUUACUACUAAUUGUCUAUUUUGUAACACUGUUCGACGUACUCUGUGGUAUCGUCAUGCCUCCCGCAGACCUCACAGGUUGCCCGUCGUCAUCGUACAAAUGCGCCAGCGGAAAGUGCGUGGGCAAACUCAACCCCGAGUGUGACGGACUCAAAGACUGCCCGGACGGAUCUGAUGAGCGGCGGUGUGGCUGCGGCGUGCGGCCCCGGAAGAGGCCCAAGAUAGUGGGGGGCGCCGCGGCGCCCCUGGGCUCGUGGCCGUGGCAGGUGAGCCUCCAGAUGCAGCGUUACGGUCACGUCUGCGGCGCCACCCUGCUGGCCGCCCGCUGGCUCGUCUCGGCGGCGCACUGUUUCCAGGACUCGGAUGCCAUCAAGUAUUCGGAUCCGCGCGCAUGGCGUGCUUACAUGGGGAUGCGCUUGAUGGCGGGGGGCAAGAGCGCCGCCGCCGGCAGGGCCGUCCGGCGUAUCGUCCCGCACCCCGACUACGAGCAGCUCACUUCCGACAACGAUAUCGCCCUGGUGGAGCUCGGCGCCCCCGUCUUUUUCAACGAGCUGGUGCAGCCCGUGUGCGUGCCCGCACCUUCGCACGUCUUCGCCGUCGGGACCGGCUGCUACGUGACCGGCUGGGGCGUCCUGACGGAGGACGGGGAGCUGGCGUCCCGCUUGCAGGAAGCCUCGGUGCGGAUCAUCAGCAGGAACACAUGCAACGAGCUCUACGACGACGCCGUCACGCCCAGAAUGCUUUGCGCAGGGAACCUGCAGGGCGGGGUGGACGCCUGCCAGGGGGACUCUGGGGGUCCGCUGGUGUGUCAGGAGCAGGGGCGGCGCUGGUUCCUGGCGGGCAUCGUGAGCUGGGGCGAGGGCUGCGCCAGGCAGAACCGCCCUGGCGUCUACACGCAGGUGGUCAAAUUUGCCGAGUGGAUCCACCAGCAGACCCGAGGUCAGGUGUGAAAAGACCAAGAAGAAAACAACAAAAAUUUGGGAUCAAAACAAUAAUAAUAAAAAAAAAAGCACUAAAAUGUGUUUUUUCCCCCAAUUGUACUGCAGUGUGAUUAUAUUAAUCUAUUCCCCUCUUUCU